ACCAAUUCACACAGAUUUUAUCCAUUUUUAGAUGGCUUUUCAACAACCUAACUUGCAACAAAUCUUCUCUUCUGUCGACAAGGAUCGAUCAGGGCAAAUCAGUUCCGAUGAGCUUCAAACUGCUCUCUCCAACGGAACAUGGAACCCAUUCAAUCCGGAAACUUGCCGUUUAAUGAUCGGAAUGUUCGACUCGAAUGGAGACGGCGCAAUCAAUUUUCAAGAAUUCCAGGCUCUGUGGAGAUAUAUCAACGACUGGACAAACUGUUUCCGUGGUUUUGAUACCGAUGGUUCGGGAAAUAUUGAUAAGAGUGAGCUGACCAAUGCUCUCACACAAUUUGGAUACCGUCUCUCUCCACAAUUCUACAACAUCCUUAUGCACAAAUUCGACAGAUCCCACAGUAAUCGAAUCAAUUUCGACGAUUUUAUCCAACUUUGCGUCGUUCUUCAGACCCUCACUGCUGCCUUCAGAGACGUCGACACGGACCGCGAUGGAGUCAUCACCGUCGGCUACGAGCAGUUCCUGACAAUGGUCUUUUCAUUGAAAAUGUGAUUUUAAGAGUAUUUAGAGAACCAACCACAAUCCAUUUUCGACCUAACACCUAGCACUUCUACUAGCUUCCAUUCGAAAAAAAGUUAAAUUCAAUUUCGUUUUGUUUUCAGGUAGCUCGAAGUGUGUUCAAUCGUCUGGGUUAAUAAUGUGAUUUGCCGUUCCUCAUGCUCUCUUUCCUCCUCGGAUUCUUCGCAUCAUUAGCGUCUAAUUAAUUAUGUUCAAAUUUACUAAUAAACGCUUUUAAAGUAUGAAU